GUGCUUCAAUUGCAGAGCUUUAAGAGUAUAUCAUAUCGUUUGGUUUUGUUGCUCAGCUUGGUGUUGGUAAGAAGCAAAAAGGGGAGAUUUAUCUUUGUUUCUGACGGAUCCUCACGCUGAAACCAAGUGUUGUGAUUGUUCUGCUGUUCUGGAUUGCCUACUGGACAUCAUCAGGGCCCUGAGAAUGGGGUCCUGCCUAUCGGCGGACGGGAGAAGUGGUCUCCCCGGUACGCCGGAAACAAAGAGGAAGAACGGAAGAAGGAGGCGUGCGAUGUCGUCCUUCGAUUUUAAGAGGGACGAGCAGCUUCGUAGGAUAACCGGGAGAACGUUCUUGAACGGGGCUAGCGAGGUUGCUUCUCUGUUUACCCAACAGGGCAGGAAAGGGACCAAUCAGGAUGCCAUGAUCGUUUGGGAGAAUUUUGGUUCAAGAACAGACACCAUUUUCUGUGGUGUUUUUGAUGGCCAUGGUCCCUAUGGCCAUAUGGUUGCAAAAAGAGUGAGAGAUUCUCUUCCAUUGAAGCUAAGCGCCCAUUGGGAAGUAAAUAUAGGCAGUGAAGAAGGAUCCAGAGAACUCAGCACCAGUGCCAUGGUAAGCAUGAAUUCUGAAGACACUUCCUAUAUGUGCGUUGAGGAGGAACUGGGGGAAUCUAUAGGUAUUGAAGAGAAUGUGAAGCAACCAGAGAUCUUUUUUACACUGAGGGAGUCAUUUCUCAAAGCUUUCAAAGUUAUGGAUAAGGAAUUGAAGUUGCACCCCAACAUUGAUUGUUUCUGUAGUGGGACAACCGCAGUCACCCUGGUCAAGCAGGGUCAGGAUCUUAUUAUUGGAAAUGUUGGAGACUCAAGAGCCAUACUGGGUACAAGGGAUCUAGAUGACACCCUUGUUGCUGUUCAGUUGACCGUGGACCUUAAACCAAAUCUUCCAGUGGAAGCUAAGAGGAUCAGGCAAUGUAAAGGGAGGGUUUUCGCCCUUCGAGAUGAGCCUGAAGUUGCUCGUGUGUGGCUGCCAAACAAUGACUCACCUGGCCUGGCAAUGGCCCGGGCUUUUGGGGAUUUCUGCCUCAAGGAUUUUGGAUUGAUCUCUGUGCCAGAGAUAUCUUAUCGACGCCUCACUGAGAGGGAUGAAUUUGUAGUGUUGGCGACAGAUGGGGUCUGGGAUGUGUUAUCAAACAAAGAAGUCGUAGACAUAGUGGCAUCAGUGCCAGCACGUUCUACAGCUGCUCGAGCUUUGGUCGAGUCGGCAGUGCGUGCAUGGAAGUACAAAUACCCAACCUCGAAGAUUGAUGACUGUGCUGUAGUAUGUCUCUUCCUUAACUCCAACUCAAACAACUCCAGCUCCCUCACCAAAGUCAAAGAGCAGUCAGCUGCAUUCCACCUAUAUGAGAGUAGUCAUGAGAAACAACAGCCUCAAAGCUCAGAUGGGCUGAGUCGAUCGGCAACAGUACGAGCAGGUCCUGAGAUACAGCCAGAUGAAGAAGAGGAAGACACCGCGAAUGAAGCUACAAAGCUGAUGGGGAUAGAGGAGUGGUCCGCCCUGGAAGGCGUCUCAAGGGUGAACACACUGUUGACGCUACCAAGGUUUAUUGCUGGAAAUGAGGAUAAGAGGCCCACUGGAGGAACAAAGACUCGGAAAUGAUGGUUAGUUUGGAUUCUUGAUUGUAUCAUCAUACCAUCACCAAAAUUGAUAAGCAUCAUCAAUUUCCCUUUUUAAUUUUUCGCUUAAUUUAUUCAUGAUUUACCUUGCUACAGAAAGGUGUUUGUAGGGGGAGGGGUGUCAUUUGUUUAUUUUGUUUUGGAGAGGUGGGCCGGACUGUAUUAGCGUGUCUGGGGAGUCCUCCUUUCUCUCUCUAUUAUGUCUGGGUAGAAAUGGAAAUUUUGUAAAAUCCAACUCUCCAUGUUUCUUUCUU